GGUCUCCAAUAUCAUUUCGGAGUUCGCCUGUCGCUCCUGUUAACCCUUAAUGUUAGAACGUAACUUAAAAACAUAACUUUUUGUAUUAUUUUGUGUCUCAAUUAUUAUCAAGAGAACGAAAUAUUCAUUUAAUGUAACAGUGACACACAAUUUUAUUAAGAAGACAAAGAAUGUGAAUUAUUUAAAGGCCAAAGAAGUAUACAUAACUUUAAGGUGAAAUUGGGGGGGGGGGGGGAGACAUUAGCUUUUCCUCUGGAGCGCAAUAAAAAUAUUGUUUUAUGUAAAAAAUAAAGUAAAAAUGGAGAAAAAGAAUCAGGGUUUCUGUUUAUAAAUACGAUGAUUAAAUAAUACGAAGAGAAAUGGAUAUAAUAAAAGAACAUUUGUUGGUACCAACGAAAUACAUGAUACUGACAGAUGAGAGAAUUUGUUUGACAGUUCACAGAAACUGGCUUUUCCGAUUUUCAACAGUUGGUCCGAUUACUUUUAUCGGUCACGAACGUUUGUCCAACGAUGAAAUUGCCGCACAGCCCACUAUCGACGAAUUGGGCAGUGAUUGGCUGAGAAUUUAUGCAAAAGUAUAUGUAAAGCAACACAGGAAUGCAAUUCCUUUACCGAGAGGAAGGCCCGCCAGUAACAAAAGGAAUCAAGCAGAAUUGGUGUUUUCGCAAUUGCUGCAUUAUGUGGCAGAAACUAAUUAUCGAAAUCUAUGGAAAGAAACGUACAAAAAAUAUUACAAUCCCUGGAAUUUUGUUGAGCAAAAGGAACAGUCUAAUAUCACUGCUAAUGUGAGCGACGUUACUAUCAUGCAUGAAAUACUGAAUAGAAUGUAUGGUUGUACUUUGGUGCAAGUGAAGCACGGUACAGUCUUGUCAGUGACAAAUGGUACGUCAUCUGAAACACAUUGCAAUCUCGUACCAAUUCAUUUCGCUAUAGAAACACCAUCCGCAUUUAUAGUGUUUUAUGAGCAGACUGCCAAUUAUUCUCUUCGUGAGUGUGUAAUGUACAGUCCUGCUGCUCUUAGUACGAGUCAUGGAAAACCACUGUUUGUAGUGUAUCAGUUGUUGAGAUUAUCCAGAGACUUGCACGAUCGUGGUCUUGCAUUGGGAGAAAUUACGCUUAGUGACAUAUUGAUUACAGACAAUUUUACUAUUCAGGUAUUACCGAAAUUAAAUGAUAAUAUUUAUUUGAAGCCCAAUAGCGAAUGUACGAGUGCUAUUUCUCAAGAAAAUAAAGAGAAAACUGCGAGUAAUGUUUAUAGUAAAAAAGAUGGCAUACUCCGUUCAUACAACACUGGGUUUGGUUUAAAUGAGAAUAUUGAAAAAUUAUGUGAGAUGUGGAUGUAUAAUUGUAUCAGCAACUUCGAUUAUUUAACUGCGCUCAAUAAUUUGGCUGGUAGGAGAUACGGUAAUCCCAGCUGUCAUCAUGUUAUGCCUUGGGUAACGGAUUUUACAUCAAGAAAUGGUGGAAACUGGAGAGAUCUUACCAAGUCAAAAUUUCGAUUAAACAAGGGAGACAGACAAUUGGACCUUACGUUUGAUUCGCAGUUAACUGAGGUUGGUCACCAUGUAUCUGAUGUUUUGUCAGAGAUUACCUACUAUGUGUAUCUUUCACGUCGAUAUGAUAAAUCUGUGCUUUGUAAACAUGUGCGACCUUUAUGGGUGCCUGGAGAAUAUCCGGCUUCAAUUCAAAGACUACAUGAUUGGAGUCCUGAUGAAUGUAUACCACAGUUUUUCAUUGAUCCCAGUGUUUUUAAGUCCAUACAUGAGGAUUUACCAGACUUGGAAAUUCCAGCGUGGGCAACUUCGCCAGAAGAUUUUAUUGAAAAACAUAGGGAGGCAUUGGAGAGCUUUUAUGUUUCGGAAAGAUUACAUCACUGGAUAGACUUGACCUUUGGCUACAAAUUAUCAGGUUCCGCUGCUAUAAAGUCGAAAAACGUUUGCCUGCAAUUAGUCGAUAAUCAUACUGAUUUAACUAAUUCUGGUGUUGUGCAACUUUUCACGCAACCACAUCCACAAAAAAUUACUCCAUCUCCCUAUUGGAGUAAAGUACCGCCGCGUCUUCGGCUAAUAUCUUCAAUCAAUAAAAGUAAAAGUGAUCAACUCACGAACAGAAUUAGCGACGAUGAGGGCCACAGUUCUGGUAUUGAAGAAGAGGAAUUAUCUGCGACAGUAACAAACCCGUCUAGAUCGUCACCUCUUGUAUUGAGUCGCUUGUUGAGCCGUUCAAGAGGUUCUUUACUUUCAGAAGAUAAUGUUAAAUCAGAUAAGCCCACUAAUCAGCCUAUUAUCCUACCGAAAGAUUUCAAUCCUGUGGCGGCAAUCAUACAAGUAGAAACUAUGCAUACUUUUAUGCAUAAAAUCAACCAUCAAGUUUAUAAACCUUCAGUAGGAUCACACGAUUUUUCCACAAAUUAUAAACACAUUGUAGCUAGCGGGCGUAUUAAGGAGCAACAGAUACUCGGUUGUUUGAUAGUGGAAAUAUUUCUGGCCGGCAAAUUCCGUGCAACUUGGAACAUUGAAAAAGUAUUAUUUGCACAAAGAUUUGCGACGUGUCUGAAUAUCUUGAAGACAUCGGCAGACUGUUUACCGAAAUGUAUAAGAAACACUGUGUCGUUAUUGCUACAGAUUGAUAUUAUGCCUAAGAGCUACAAUGUAGGCAAUGUAGAGAUGAAUGAUAUUUCAACGGUAAACGAGACCCCUUUUCGUUAUCCUACGAUAACAUACAUGGGUCUUCCACCGCCAUCCGCUCAUCAAUUUCUUCAACCAGUUUUAUCUGGCUGUCUGUUCCCAUUCUCCAAGUAUUGCCAAUACUUGUAUAAUAUUGUGGAAAUGUUGCAAGAAUACAAUAGUUUGGUACGAGACUUAAAUUCUAUUGUGAAGAUCGAGGAUGAUGUGGAUUUUACAACAACAACGAAGUCAAAGUACCUUUGUAAAAUUAGCGAGUGCAAAGUAAAAGCAAUUGCCAGGGAAUUGGAACGGCUUUUACCUUACGCCGGUGGCAUGAGAGAAGCCACUUUGCAGUUGAUAGUACCUCACAUAGUGCAAAUUAUGGAAGAACCUUAUAGUGCGGUAUUGGCGGUAUGGCAUCUGUUCGAUCCCAUUGCAAAAACGUUAGGCCCGAGAGAUACAGUCGAUACGUUCCUCUCAUCUAUUACAAAACUGUAUGAGAACGGCUCCAUCAUGGAUACUGCACUGUACGCUGAUAUAAUACCUGCGGGAACACUCGCAAAGUUUCGAACUACUCGAUUAUAUCAUAGAACAUUUCUGCUAAAGUUGAUAAUUAGGCUCGGGCUACGUAGAUUCUUAGACAAUUUUAUAAAUCCUUUAGUGGAAGCAGUGGGAGGAUACAAAGAUUAUGUACAGGGCUCGAUUAACACGUGCACUCAUAGAACUGUGAAUUUAAAGAGUUGCGACUUAAGCGGACCUUGCAGCGAGGGGGAAGGUAUUUUAUCUCCAUUAGAUGAGGAUUCAUUUGCAGACACUGAACAUAAUGUCGCUGCAUCUUCCGUACCAACGAUUAAUAAUUAUAUGUCUAAUAUGGCAGAUGACGAUGUUGAAGAGGUAUUUGCCAUGGAGACGGAGGACAAUUCUUGGAUUUCUUUAAAUAAUGCCGCACCCUACGAUAUCGAUUUGCAUAUAGAACUCAACUUAAAUUCUUGCGAUGAUUUGAAUGACGAUGGAAACAAAAAUUCACCGGGUGGCUCCGUCAAAUCGCCAACGAUUCCGAUACCUAAACAAUCGAAUACCAGUGGAGCUAAAUUGGUGACCGAGUUUAACAGUAUCGGUUGCAACGUUGGCAGUAAAACUUCUAGUGAAGAUUUCACUUAUGUUAGCACAUACGCUACGAAUAUUCACUCCGACAGUAAUCUUUCGGAGAGUACGUGCAAUGUAGAUAUUAAGGAAGACAAUCCAGCUUUGCUUCCUGCGGAUCUUGAUAACAGAAGCGACAUAAUUAAAACAAGCGAUGAAGUACAUCAGCUGGAUCAUAUUUAUCGAAAGUCUGUUCUAAGUGAAUGCACAAUUUCCGAGAUGAGCGCAGAAUCUGUUAUCUGGCUAUCCCACAGACUCGGCCCGGUACUCACAGCGCGAUACUUGUCGCGAAAUCUUCUGCGAAUGCUGACAUUAUGUUACGCUGGGAAAGAAAAUUUAACGCCAAUCGACGACAAUAAUUUUAUGCGUCUGGAGGGCAUUAUGUGGAAGAAGCCGAUAUUAGCCGGUGAUCAAAAUGCUAUUAAGGUUUUAGAGUGCCUCACGGCUAUUGCAGGAUUAUAUGGAGAACAAAUCAUAUUGUUGCAAUAUUUCGCACAUAUAGUUGAAUUGUUAGCAUUGUGUAAGAGAAAGCUAACGCAAAAUUUGGAAGGAGGCUUAAUUUCUUGUCUGGCUCUGUUAAAUCACAUUACAGCAUAUCUCAGCGAUUCUACGGUGAUGGAUGUGCUUCAUGAGCCGAUUGUUAAAUCCAUUCUGCAUCCCACAGUACGCAUACUAUCAACCGCGAGAUUCACAUUUCCAAAUGGAACGCUUGCGCGCAUUGCUUUAGCUGAGAAAUGCUUGGAAGCGAUGUUCACUCUUAGCUUACGGCUCGGUAGCGUGAUCACGAAAAAUCAUUUAGCAGUGCCAAUUCAACGCUUCUUUCUGGCCUUUGACAAAGCUUUUAGCGAAAAUUUAGAUGGCGGAGUUCCGUCGAAUAAUUUCGGGCAAAAAGCAGACACCGUCUGCGAACAUUUUGUACGAGUGAAAGCCGCGAGUGAAGGAUCCGUUAACAAUGGAAUUUACACAUGGAAUAAACUUGACACAGACAUCGCAGAUUCGUAUUCCCCUCCAGUCGUGGAAAAUAAUGACGUGCCAGACUUGCAAAGAAAUCGAGCAUUUGAAGAACUACGAGCUGUAUUCACCACUGAGUUUGCUCAUAGAUCAUACAUGCUUUUUUAUAGAUGUGUCGACAUUGAAGUGAUGCAACAUAUACUUAAAAAUCACGAGCAUGUACAAGAGCUUUGUCACGAUUACGAGCAGGGGAUAAAAGCAACCUCCUUAAAUAAUGUUCACGUGGAUAAGUACAAUACCUCUGUGGAUUGUGAUGUGGCAGAGAAUGUAGAGUCGAUUGAUAAAGGUGUCUGCAGCUUUGGAAACAUAUCAGUCAUAGGAAAUAGAUUCGAGAUACAGAAGGAUGACGCGAGGUCUCAGUCGGCAACGGAGAUGGGUGUUGUCAAUCGCGAAACAACCUGUCCGUCAUCCGCUGGCAGACAGUUACGCGGUAAUUGGCUAGCCUACUGGGAGCAUGAAAUAGGAAGACCGGAAAAGGAUACGAUAUUUAAUAUAAAGCAGAUAAAACUUCAAACUUUCAACGGACAUACAAAUAGUGUGAGAUGUCUUUACGUGUUGGACAAUGAGAACAGUUUUAUGAGUGGCGGUAGAGACAAAACUGUGAAAUUAUGGAGUUUACGAAGUCAGGGUGAUGGAACUACAAUCUCAUCGUGUCAAUACACAUAUACCGGGCACAAAAAGUCUAUUCUUUCGCUUACAUUCCUGGAAUCUUUAAGAUACGCAGUGACGUGCGAUGGCGUGAUUCAUUGUUGGGAUCCCUUUAUGGGCUCACUCCUAGGAUGUCCGGAAAGUAGUCGAUCCGUUCCUGUUAACACUUUAGCCCCGAGUCCUUCCCCAUCCACGACUCUUCUUGUGGGAACAACAGACAUUACUGUUAGAGUUAUUGAUUGUAGAACAUUUCAGUAUGUCAAUGAAAUGAAAGUUUCCAUGAAUCCGACUGGCUUAAUAAGAUGUAUCGCAGUGUCGCCCAGUGGUAAUUGGGUCGCUUUAGGUCAGGCGUCAGGCUUCUUGACGAUACUUGAUACUCGCACCGGUCUGAUUAUCGCAUCUUGGAAGGGACAUGAAUGCGAGAUACUGCAAUUAGAAGCGAUAAACGAAACCACCAUAGUUAGCUCGUCUUUAGAUCAAACUAUAGCCGUAUGGAGUACAAUAGAUGGAAAACUUAAAUUUCACAUGAAAGGCGCAACAGAGCCUGUUCAUUGCAUGGCAAUGCACGAGCAGGCAUUAGUGAUAGGAACAACAGCAAACCGAAUUGGUGUCUAUACCGGUGUAGAAAUGACUGCUUCGUUAAGUUCGUCCAAGUUGAGAUCUGAUGCUUUUAAAGGCAUUCUUACUGCCAUGGCUGUCCUCCCUCUCAAUCGAUUGCUAUUAUUAGGCGCUGACAAUGGUGGAAUAACGCUACUGUGUUAAGAGCUCUUUAAAUGUUAUUUACACAGAGCGUACAUGAACUUUAUUAAAUACAAUAAUGACUGUAUUCAGCAGAAAAACAGUUGCUUUAAAACUGUUGUAGAAUCACGAGUCUGAUUGGAGUGCGCUUUCAGAUUCAGCUAAGAUUAUUUAAGAGCAUACGCCAAUCAGGCUCAAGAUUUCUACAACAGCUGCAAAGCAGU